UCGGUAACAACAAGAAGCACUUGUGGGAAGAGGUCGUAAAAAAAACCGGAGGGGAUAAAAACAGCCGUGAAGCACUAUGGCUAAUAUAAAGACAGAAGAUGAAAUAAGCCUCUUUGAAAGUGAAAUGAAGGAGUUUUGGACCAAACUAAAAAGCAUUUAUGGCACUGAACAGAUCAAUCAGACUUUAGCACUAAGAGAUUCAUGUAAGGAGUCCAUAAAAGUGCUUUCAGAAAAAUGGUCCAAAAAGCUGAAAGAAGGGGACCUGAUGAUCGAUAAAAUUCAGGAGUAUAGCAAUGAGAUUCUCCAGCAGAGCCAACGCAUAUCAGAAAAACAAGAGCAUUUGAUGGCUGUGAAGUCUAACCUAAAUCAAGAAGAGGAGCAAAAGAAGAACUUGACUGACAGUAUCCAAGAGCUUAAAGAAGAGUUGAUGAAGAAAAAGGAAAUAAUAUCUUCUAAAAACAAAGCUGCUAAGGAGAGAGUGGAGCAACUGUGCAAGUCCAAAGUGUUGUUUGAAGAGCGGCUUGGAUUGGAGAUCCGCAGAAUUGACAAUGAACAAUUACAGUUUAUAUUCAGACACAUUGACCACAAAGACCCUGACAAGCCCUAUGUGUUCACCCUUUCCCUAAAUGAGCAGGGAGAUUAUCAAGUGACUUCCUGUAUUCCUCCUCUGGACUGUAUAGCAGAAUUCCAGCUCAAAGUGAGAGAAACAAACAAUUUUUCUGCAUUUGUUGCCAACAUCAGAAAAGCUUUCACUGCUUUAUCUUAUAAACAGCCUGCAUCAAACUAGCUUGUACCUCUCUUUCUAGCUGUAGAGCACUCUUUCCUUCCUGUAUUGUGAAAUAAUGUAUUUAUCCAUGUCUUAC